AUGUCGAGUCCGGGCGCGGCGACGACCGCGCGCGACGACCGACCCGCGACCGCGCGUUCGCUGGCGUCUCGCGCGCGAGAGGCGGUCGUCGCGCGCGUUCGAGACGCCCUCGGGCCGUCGCCGAGGCAGAGCAUUUUGUCGACGCUGUCGCUCACGAUGAUCAUCGCCACGGCGUUGAUGCUGUGGAAGACGUUGAUACUGUGCACGAUGAGUGAUUCGCCGAUCGUGGUCGUCCUGAGCGGGAGCAUGGAGCCGGGACUGAGACGAGGGGAUCUGUUGGUGCUGGAGAACUGGCGGCGAGCGACGGAGAUCGGGGAGACGGUGGUGUUCAACGUGCGCGGACGGGACGUGCCGAUCGUGCACAGAAUCGUUCGCGCGCACGGUAGAAACGUGCGCGGAGACGAUGAGCGGUUGAUGCUGACGAAGGGAGAUAAUAAUUUUGCAGACGACAUCGGUUUGUACGCUCCGGGACAGCGGUGGUUGACGGAGGAAGACAUCGUCGGCCGCGCGUUUGUUUUUCUACCGCACGUCGGUCGGCUCACGAUACUCAUGAACGACUAUCCCGCGUUCAAGGUGUGCUUACUCGCGGUCUUAGGAUAUUACGUCGUCACCGGGAAGGAUUGA